CAGCAGAAAGCCAUGUAGUUCGUGUGUAGCGAGUGUUUGUGAAGAACGUACGGGCUGUUGACUACUUGACAAUUCGCACAGUUACUAUGAGACGCAAUGUAAAAUUGCUCCUCCUGUUCUCGAUGGCGUGGAUGUUCGUCAUUGUGUAUUAUCUUCAGGUGUCCAGGGAUGGAAAGGUGCCGGAGGAGAACCGCGCGCUGCGCCUCAAGGCCUCGGCGGGCCCGCCGCCCGACGCGACGGCCCCCGGCCCGGGGCAGGACGCCGCCGCCGCGCCGCCCCCGGGCCCCGCCUCGCAGCCGCAGCUCGCCGAGCCGGACCCGCGCGUCACCUGGAACUACUUCGACGAGCGCGGCUACGUGGGCCGCGGCGGCCUGCGAGCCGGCGAGGACCCGUACGCGCGCAACCGCUUCAACCAGCAGGCGAGCGACCGGCUGCCCAGCAACCGGGACAUCCCCGACGAGCGACACCCCAUGUGCCGGAAGCGGAAGUGGCGGCCGGACCUGCCGGCGACCAGCGUCAUCAUCACGUACCACAACGAGGCGCGCUCCACGCUGCUGCGCACCGUCGUGAGUGUGCUGAACAGGAGUCCGGAGAACCUGAUCAAGGAGAUAAUCCUGGUGGACGACUUCAGCGACCACCCUUCUGACGGCGCGGAGCUGGCCAAGAUCCAGAAGGUGCGGGUGAUACGGAACGACAAGAGAGAGGGCCUGAUGAGGUCGCGGGUCCGAGGCGCGGACGCCGCCACGGCGCCGGUGCUCACCUUCCUGGACAGCCACUGCGAGUGCAACACGGGCUGGCUGGAGCCGCUGCUGGAGCGGGUCGCCGAGGACAAGACGCGCGUGGUGUGCCCCGUGAUCGACGUGAUCAGCAUGGACACGUUCGAGUACAUCGGCGCGUCGGCGGACCUGCGCGGCGGCUUCGACUGGAACCUGGUGUUCAAGUGGGAGUACCUGUCGCCCGAGGAGCGCCUGCGCCGCAAGAAGGACCCCGCGGCGGCCAUCAGAACGCCGAUGAUUGCUGGAGGCUUGUUCGUUAUCGACAGAGCGUACUUUGAGAAGCUGGGCAAGUAUGACAUGAUGAUGGAUGUGUGGGGUGGAGAGAAUCUUGAGAUCUCGUUCAGGGUGUGGCAGUGCGGGGGCAGCCUGGAGAUCAUCCCCUGCAGCCGGGUGGGGCACGUGUUCCGCAAGCGACACCCCUACACCUUCCCCGGGGGCAGCGGGAACGUGUUCGCGCGCAACACGCGCCGCGCCGCCGAGGUGUGGAUGGAUGAGUACAAGGAAUACUACUACGCGGCUGUGCCGCUCGCCAGGAACGUCCCGUUCGGCAACAUCCAGGAUCGCAUGGACUUGCGGGAUAGACUCCACUGCAAACCUUUCAAGUGGUACCUUGAGAACGUUUACCCGCAGUUGAAGGUACCUGGUCUGGUACCUUACUCAACAGGCACCAUCCGGCAAGGAGAGAUGUGCAUGGACACCAUGGGACACCUUGUUGAGAACACCAUCGGCAUUUACUUGUGCCACAACACCGGUGGCAAUCAGGAGUGGGCGCUAACAAGUGACGGCCACAUCAAGCAUCAUGACGUCUGUCUCACUCUGACUGAGUACAAGAAAGGCACACCUCUAGUCAUGAAGAUAUGUGAUAACUCAGAUGCCCAGAGAUGGCACCAGGUUGAGAGCGGAGGCCUCAUCAAGCACAGCCGCCUCAGCCUGUGCGUCGACUCCAGAGACUUCCGCGCGAAGGGCCUCACGGUGGAGCGAUGCGACUCCAGGUCACAGACUCAGCAGUGGACAUUUUCAAUCAAGAAGUUGUGAUAAAUUAUCAGGGAAGAAUCUCUCUGAACACAGACUGUGCAAAGUGACCAAGUUGUAAGUCGAGCGACCGUGAGUUGCUGGGUCGAAAUGCAGUUCCUUUGAUGAGUUAUCAUGACACUUAGCUGUGGAAUUAUUUUGCAGUAAUCAUAGUCAAAGUGAAACGAAACGUAAUGUUGUCAACUCAAGGUGAAAAAGAAAACUGUCAUAUUUAUUGACUUGUGGACAUUUAGACAUAUGCAUUCUUUUACUAAAAAUUUCUCCUUACAGUUUAUCAAGGAGAAAGAACUUUCUUAAGUUUGUAUUACCCUAUCUGACAAGUGGGUCUGAUAGCAGAUAUUUUAAUAACGUGAUUAUUAGGACUUAUUAAUUUUAUUCUGAUCAUGCGUGAAAAUACCCUUAUGCUGAAACAAAUAAUAGCAGUUACCCUUCAGUAGAGGAGAAAUCUGAAACAGCAAUUACUAAAUAGUCUAUGUUUAUUUAUAAAGUCUUAAGAAACAAAUUUUUAUGUUCAUUAAUGAAAUAAAUCAUUAGUGGCAGCUUGUGGUAUGGAAUUCUGGAGCAAUAGGUAGUGUAAACCAGUUUUAAAAAUGUGUAUAAGACUGUUUUGCAACUGCUGUUGGAAAAUAAUAACAGUACAUACCUACUAAUCUUUCUGCUGAGAUUUUAAGAAAGCAUACUGAAGUUUUAGUUCUUGCUAAGCAAAGUGAAGCAUAAGAGGUUACAAAACUAUUUAUGAGGUAGGUAUCCGGUGGAAGCAUAUGUGGGAAGGCGUAUAAAAUACCAUGCCUACAAGUUUUAUUGUGUUGGAUGGAGUGGCCAUCUGUACUAAAUCUGGUUGCAGGUGAACAUAUUACUACUUAUUACUUUCCAACUCUGACUAUAUCUCUGUGAUAUGAAAUACUUCAAUACUCAAGAUGUUAGAAUUUUUGUAUCUGUGGCUUGUGGAGAUUUGAUACCUUGAAAAUGUGGUCAAGUUGACCUAUUCAAGCUGCCAUUGUCAGCCACACCAGUAUUUAUUAUGCUUGUUUACGUAUUUAGAGUUUUUUUUUAGUUUGAAAUAUGUUAUUGCGUAAAUCUUUUAAAUGGUUAUGGUUCCAGUUUUCUCAAAGUAUCAUAUUUAGUUUUAUAUAUUAAAGUUAUUACCAGUAGUUAAUUAAAGGUCAGAAUAGUUACGUACUUGUUUUGAAAUUAUUUUAUAAAAAAUAUGAACGUAAUUUUUUUAUAGUAUUAUAAUUUUUUUAUAGUUUUUUAUUUGUGUAUCAUAUCAAAGAAGUCUGAUACAGCAAAUUAGAUCUUUUAAAUCAGAAAUUGUCAUGUUUAUUUGCUUUUUGGUAAUAUCAUCCAACAUCAUAAAGUUGACAUUUUUCAGUGCAUGAUCAUAUGUUCAAAUUGGUGUUGCAGUUUGUAGUGUACUUGAAUGGCUUAAGUGGCUUAAGAGGGGUAUAUUGGUCCUUUGGCUGCUCAAAGUGUUUUGAAACCAAUGAGAUGUUGGAACAGCAAUAACCUAUGACCCUGUUAGUUAGUCGGCUUCCUCAAAGGUAAUUCUGAGCUAAUCCAUAGCAGGCUCUUUCCUGUUUUUAGCAUGGACGAAACCCUGCAAUCAUUGUCCGAAGCUGGUGGAUUUUCUAAUUCCAUUCAUGCUAUCCCGUUUUUGUUUCUCUCCUGGCUUCCCGUGCCACAGUCCUCACGUUACCUCGCCAUUUAGCAGUAUGCCUAGGCUGGUACUAAGUGGUACUAACAUAGUCACACCCGAAUCUGGCUUACAUUGGGCACCAGGGAAUUCUUGCAUCAUUAAUACUACAAUAUUUCUGGACGCCUUUGAAUUCAUACACAGUUUGACUAGCAUAAUUGAAAGGAAGAGGGUUUUGUUUUGUUUGGGAGCCUUUUGCCUGAUUUACAGAAGCGUGUCUUACUGCAUGCCUUGGGUGUUUGUGGUGGUGUCCGCUCCAUGACAUCCAGGUAUGUUACGUAGCCCUUACGUGUGUGUUGUAUGGUUGUAUGCUCCUGGCACUACUGCUGGGUAUGUCAAAGUAUCAAAGGAUAUAAUAAGAGGAAACACCGCGUUUGGGUUCUCUCCUUCACCUUUCCCUGAAUCUCAGGAAGCUGCAUAACAGUAACAACUUCUUAUAGAACUCAGGAGUCUCUCUGCAAGUGAUCGUUUUGCCGCUGGUGGUCUUCUCAGUGUGGGAACUGGUUUUAUUCAGCUUCACUUAUAUGGCCAGAGGAUCUUUGAUAUGACAUUUUAAUGUCUUUUUAACAGAAUGCCCCUUACCAAUUGCUCAAUGAUGUCACUUUCUCGCUUUCAUCACCUAGCAUAUUUUUCCGGAGUGUAGGGCACAAAUAGGAGUAACUGGAGGAUCCACUGACCGGACGCCACCGAGUCACUGCAGUAGUGAACAUUUGCGUAGUGAUGAAGUUACAGAGUUGUAACAUUACAUCUCCAACCAACGGUAUCACCUAGAAACGGAUGUGAAUAUGGUUGUAAAGGCCGAGUACAUAUUUUUCAUAAAAAAGAAAGAAGUGUGUAAUGGUGGUAGGCUAAUUAUUUAAACGAAUAUCUCCAUGAUACACUAUGACUAGGUCAAGCCUGGCUAGGGAAAUUAUGGAGGUACAAAAGCAGAAAUAGUGUUUUGAGCAGGAAGCUACACUCCUCUACUAUUGAAUUGUCAGUCAUUCUUCUUUAUUAAUUGGAAAAUGUCAAUGUAAAACAAAAGUAACCUAAUUUUUUUUUUACCAGAGGUAAUUGAGAAUUGUUUGUAUUAAGCCUUCAUGUUAUUAAGUUUCACAUAAAUAAGAGCAUUUUCAAAGUAGAAGCGGUAAUACUUCUAAUACCACAGGAAAAUUUUUUCACAUGCUUGUGUUUUUUCAUAACUUAAUGGUGUUCAGUGUAGAGAGGAUCAUAGGGGACAUUUUAUUGCUGAAUAUUCUGUUCUAUAACCAUUAUAAAUAUGUUGUAUUUUUUAUUGCUUUUUGUAUUUUUUCUAACAUGUAUUGCUACCUAUUGCUAAGGAAAAGUUUUAACAGAAGUCACCUUCGUCUAGUCACAGUUUUAUGUGAGCAUAUUUGAUGAGUGAUGAUCUGUGAACUUUUUGAAGUAUUAUAUGUGAUUGUGGAUUGUUAUUUACCUUCUGAAACUUUUCAUUGCUUGUAAUUAGUGUAACAGUGUAAUUUAUAAGAGUACCUACGUAGUGACUGAUGCUGUGAGUCUUACUGACCGGUGUUUAUGAGAUCAGCACUCCUAGAACAAAGUUCUUUAUUUUUUUCAGUCUGUAAGAAAUACUUCCCAUUUCAUCCAAGCCAGCAUAAUUUCAUAAAUUAAUUUACUAAAAAUUAAAGUAUCACUAUAACAUUUAAGUUGUACAGUCUAUAAUGCUUUAAUGCUACCUUGGUAUUUUUGUAUUAAAUGAUGUUAUGUAUUAUUGAAUAAUCAGUAUCAACUGAUUUAAUGUUAGUUAUUGCAGUAGAAAGUUUUGAAUCAAUGGUAGAAUAUGAAAGGUAGAGUGAUAAUUAGCAUGCAUCUCACACAUAAUUUGUAUGCCUGGAGCCAUGUAUGACUAUUCUUUUUUUCAUUGAUUUUUAUGUUGAUCAGUUUGUAUUUAUAUCUUAGCAUGUUGUAUGUUUUCAUACAGAUCACAUGUACCUGUUACAAUAUUAAUGUUUCCUUGCUAAACCAAAUCUUAGAUUAUUGCAAUUAAUAUUACACUGUCCUUUUGUCAUCUAAAAAACCAAUGAAGGACAGCACCGCGAUCUCAUAAACACUGUGUAAGUAGCCGUCUAGAAUGGAUUGAGUUAGUGAUGCUAUAACUGAUCUGCACAUCAGAUCAUAUUUGGAAUUAAAAUUUUUAUAUUAAAAAUGUACUGUUUCAGUAGUUGAGACAUGAUGACAGGACAUAACUUUGCCUGUAUUGACAAUUUUUUUUAGGUACUAUGUAGGAAAGCAGUAUACCACUAAAAGGAAGUUGUACAUAUUUAAUGAAAAAAUUAAAAUGUAUGUCUUUAUAUAUUAAAACUAAAAUUACAUCACACACCUUUCUUACCUGACAAUUUGUAGCACAUUUGUUUCUAUAGGAAAGGUGGGAAGAAAUACUGGAUUGUGAGUGCAAAACUGUAAUAUAACGUAAAUUUAGUAAAUAAUAUGUUGUAAGUACCUAUACUCUGGUGACCAGAACAGAAAACAUCAAUUAUUGUCAGCUUUUUGAAGUGAUUUUAUAAGUGUUAUUGUUUUAAGAUGUAACAUUUCUGGUGUUUGUCUACUAAGCAGUCAUCAUGCAAAAACAUUGGAUGGAUAGAAUACAGAAUGGUAGGUACCAUACAUUUGUUAUAUUUGUGUGAAUUACAACAAAUAAAAAAUUUAAAUAAAUAAUAGUUACAGUCACACAAAACUUCAUUUGUGUUGAAUUUAUUCUUACUAGUAAUCAUUGACUUUGUAGUUUGAAUAAUUUUUAAAUUUAAAGUACACUACAUAUACCUUUUAAAUUACACAAUGAUGUUGUAACAACUGUAUUUAAAUUUGGGGGUUGAAGCUAAGUAGUGACUUUUUUUUGGUGGCCUUGGUUGUUGGAAGGGUCUUUCAUCAAGAGCAGCAGAAUUUAUCGGGGUUAAUUCAGGGAUGGGUAACAGUUUAAUAGUGUUGAAGAAGUUCCUUAAUACAUUCCAGCUUCUUCAUUGGGGCUGCCGGGAUAAUCAUUGUACCAAGCUCCACUGGGUAGGUGGUAGUUGCAGAUUCUUUUAAUCGUACCUUUGAAGAGCUAUAGCUUAUUAAAACUUACACCGGAUAAAAUGACAGUUCUUAUGCAUGUGACGAAACCACUCUUAACCGUGCGACCUCAUGAUUUUUGUUUUAAGUAAAACUUCAGCUGGGUGGGAGACCUCCCAUAUAUAAAAACUUCUAAUCAGAUGGCCACCUCAAAUUAGCCACUGGGCUGAGCUGCUAUACUAUACAGCGUGCAGAGCGACGAUUGUCUGAUAACGAAUUCAAAAGCCAUCGAACUCUUCUAUGGUAUUUUUUUUUAUGGUUUCAUGUAAGUAUGAUAGUUUCAUGCAGGGAGCAUUAAUAUUUCUUAUUCAACCAUUAAAUUAGGCGGUCAUUGCUUAAGUUCCACACAGGCACGUUACCAAAACAAUGACUGCACGUUAGUUGGGUGCCUAGGGCAUAAUGGUUGCGAGGUAUGUGAUACAUGAGUCAGUCGUCCUUCGCACUCUCAUGCUCCAAGACCUUGUGUGCCUAACCAGACACAUCAACACACCAAUUCAAUAAAUGAUUAGUUAUACUACAAAUUUAUCUGUACAAAAAUCAAUGAAAUUAAAAAUAAAAAUAAUGGAAUACUUAAGUUUAGUAAUUGUUAUUUGCCAUACAAGGUAGUUAGGCUUGUCAGUUUUUUUUCCAAUACUUAAGCCGUGAAUGAUAAAAAAGAAAUACUAAUAAGUAAUAACUUCUGUUGUGGUAAACAAUAUGCAAAAUAUUUUUUUUCCUUUUUUAAAAAUUAAAUUUUAUAAUAUAUUGAGGGCUGAUCGCGCAUUGCCGGUGAUUUCGAGAUGUUAACUAUGGGCGCCACCACGUGGAAGGGCACGUGGACCCGGCGGAGUCUCUCACUCAGGGCGUGACGUAGCCCAAGUGGGGACGAGUUACCAGCCCUUUCUAUCCUAGCUACCCAGACC